AGAGACAUUUCAAUCUAGGCGUGUUUCCUGCGCCCGAAGAGAAUCCAGCCCUGCCUGCAUCUUACUAGGGUGGAAUUGGAAGAAAGAUUUUACUCGUAAACAUUUCACAUAUGAUUUUUAUAUAAUCGCCGUAGGUAAACAUCGUUUUCCCUCAGUUUAUUAUAUAUCGUUUUAACGAGAACAACGGACGGAUAAUCCUCUCGGGAUAAACGCUUUUAUAGCCAGCCUAAUCAAUGACAUAAAUGUCAGUCGGUCAAGGUCCAAGCUCCAGAUGUGCUUUUAAAAUUUAACGUUACACAGCUAUUUCAGUUCAGCUUUCUCGUUUAUAAUUUGUGCCGUAAGCGAUUUAAAAAUGUGCUUAAGUGGACAUUUUUAAGGGCAAAUAUGGGGAAUGUUCGCGUCUGGAUGAGAAUUUUGCUUUUUGAUAUCUGACUGAGACUUCAGCUAUGGAUUUUGAGUCCAGGAUAGCAGAUAUGUAGAACGACGGACUGCCGAUUCUAAGACUGAAACACUAGAGAUUUAUGUGAAAACACACGGAUACACGGGGUGAACCUACAAACAAAUCUUACCCAUGAAGGAAGAGUCAUCACAUGCCUGUAGAGAAUCUUGAACUCUUACAUUUUGUCUUCAGUAUUUUCUAAACUCAGGCUAAUCUUUUAGUGCACGCGGUUGUAGUUUAUUUCAUUGCCUAAAGACUGAUACUGGUCGCACUGACCAAAGACUGCUUAUUUGCUACCAUGUCGGCGGUGAUGAUAGCACGGAAGGUUACGCGAAAAUGGGAGAAAUUGCCUGGGAAAAACACGUUCUGCUGCGAUGGACGGAUUAUGAUGGCUCGACAGAAAGGAGUAUUUUACCUGACCUUAUUUCUCAUCAUGGGGACCUGCUCUCUUUUCUUCGCCUUUGAGUGCCCGUACCUGGCAGUGCACCUGUCUCCUGCCAUUCCUGUGUUUGCAGUACUGCUUUUUGCCUUUGUGAUGGCCAUGCUGCUGAGAACCAGCUUCAGUGACCCAGGGGUGCUGCCGCGGGCACUGCCGGAGGAGGCCAGUUUCAUUGAGAUGGAAAUUGAAGCAGCCAAUGGAAACGUCCCGGCCGGGCAGCGUCCUCCUCCACGCAUCAAGAACGUGCAAAUUAACAAUCAGAUAGUCAAGCUGAAGUACUGCUACACCUGCAAGAUCUUCAGACCCCCUCGUGCUUCCCACUGCAGCAUCUGUGACAACUGUGUGGAUCGCUUUGACCAUCACUGCCCCUGGGUGGGAAACUGUGUAGGAAAGAGGAAUUACAGAUAUUUCUACCUGUUCACACUCUCACUGUCUCUGCUCACCAUUUAUAUCUUCGCCUUUGACAUCGUCCAUGUGGUUCUGCGUUCUGUGGACUCAGGAUUUGUAAAUACUCUUAAAGAAACACCUGGAACUGUGUUGGAGGUUCUGGUCUGUUUCUUUACCCUCUGGUCUGUGGUAGGAUUGACCGGUUUCCACACCUACUUGAUCUCCCUCAACCAAACCACUAAUGAGGACAUCAAAGGCUCAUGGUCGGGAAAGAACCGUAUCCAGAACCCCUACAGUCACAAGAACUUCAUGAAGAACUGCUGUGAGGUUCUGUGUGGACCAGCUUACCCCAGUGUAUUGGACAGAAGAGGUGUGAUGCUUGAAGACACAUCUAGCCCCACCCCUUCUGAUGCAUCUGCUCCUCCUACCACCAAAAACAGCAACCCUGCACCACAAACUACAAAACCCACAGCUCCUCUGAUUCCCAAUGAGCAUACGCCUGACGGCGCCAAACCUAGCAUUGCUGCAGGGACCCAGAAAACCAACUCCCCUAAAGAGGAGAAACCUCCGUCGUUCAGUGUCCCGCACACAUCGUCCUCCAACGCCAUCGCCCCUGCGGUCAUCAAAGAGUCCGUUCACUAGCUUCGGCAGCAGACUUCUGUCAAAUCUCUACAUGUGCUCGUAUGAAGGAACACACAGAAAAACUGUUAAUGUACCACUGAGAUGUGAAGGACAGAUGCAUAUAGACAAGCUGAUCUACUCUCAUGCAGAGAUGAACUCCUUUUCGUACGUAGAUUCUGCGCAAAACUCUCAAAUCUGGAAGUCUUGAUUCUGUCCUCUGUACAGUAAAUCACAGCAUGAUCAAACUUACGAGAGCCAUAGACUGAGAAUGGACUGCCCAGAUGCCUAAAAGAAAACGAAUUUGCUCGAUGAGCUUGUGAAAUGUUGUUUUUCAGUGUCAUUACCUGUAUCUGAAUAGCCUGCUUCCUUUAUUCCUUCUCGGUAUUUGUGUACCCUCCUAAAUGAACAAUUUAAGCUUCUGUCGUAUUUGGUGCAAAGGCCCUUUGUGUUUUCAGAGAGUUAAAGAAAAGUGCUUUAGCCAUAGCUUUUUGAAAUGACAUUAGGACCAAUAAAACUGCUUUCAUCUGAUGAUAAAUCGUGCGGACCCGCUCACAGUCAGUGUGGAUGUUAGGCUGUGCUUGUAUUUUUGUGUUUCUCCUCCUGUGUGUGUGAGAGAGAGAGAGAGAGAGUACAGGCCGAGCUGCUGUUGACAGACAUCAGUAUGAGUGCCUUAUUUAUGCUCUCCUAUUACAUACAACCAAGGCCAUCUUCAGACGAACCCUUAGAUGUCUUAAUAUUACUCACACAUGCACAUGCAAGUUAAAAUUUUAUACAAUACUUAUAUCAGAAAGCAAAAAAGCAUCGGGUAAAUGUACAUAUUGUAAAAACUGAAAAAGCUGCAAAUUCCAUGUAGGUGGAUUUUUUUAUUAUUAUUUAUGCCAUUACUUUGCUGUCCCCUCCAUACCCGAAUGUCUCUGACAUUCCAGGAUCAUACAGUACUAAUACCUGUAAAAAUUCAUCCUUUAUUCAUUUCUAUCUACUGUCAGCAGCCGAGGACGUAUCUGACCACAGGCAUUCACAAUUACAGAUAAAGUUUGUUUUAAACAUGUUGUUGUUGAGUGCAGACCUGGAAAUUGAUGGCAUUUUAGCAUGUUUUUGAAUUAAAUUAUGCUUGUAUGUUUUUCUUUCCCACAUAAUUUUCACUGUUUAAAGUGGGACAACUUGCCCCUCAGUGUGUAUUCAAGAGGAUUCAUAUUGGUCACCUUUAUUUAUUUCACUGUGUAUGUGAUGACCACAUCAAAGGGAACGCUGACAUCAAGACUUACAUAACUUUCUCAACCUUCAUAACCAACUACGCAUUUUUUGUGUUUAGAAGGGUCGAUCUUGACAGUAUUGUUUUGUAGGAUAAAAGUUUUGGGCUUUGUCAAGCCAACAUAAUAAGAAUUUUGUCUCUAAUUUAGAAAAGCCAGUUCAGUGAUAUUUAACAGCAGUGUAUAAACUGAAAUGUUUGUUGAUUUUAGUUUGAUUGUAAGACUCUCUACUGUUGUUAAAGUGUCGAGGGUAUCCACUAUUGCCGAAAGCAUAAUACUAUUUUAGCAACAUAACCAACUAACACUAUUCCCUUAAAUGUGCAUUUAUCGAAUCAGUUUUAAGUUUAACAAAUAGGAUUCUUGUGAGUACUUUCUGUGAACAAUUGUUAUGAUCGAUUACAUUGUAAUAUUUGGAGUAUGUGAAUACUUAUUUAAUAGGCUGAAGGUAUUGGUGAUAUAUGAAAAUGUGCUUUUUUCGUUGUGUUGAACGAAUCCCACAUUUCCAGUUUUUAUUUAAACUAUAACAUUUAUGUCACGUAAUUAUUAUACAGCUAAUGUGCUGAUUUUCCUAAUAAGGCGAUAUCAAAAUGUUUACUGCCAGGUCAGUGUAGAGCUGUAUGGGUUUGGAUUAUAAGCAAAUGAGCAAAUCUGCUAUAGCUAUUCGGAUACAAUGCAUAAUCUAUACAUUAUAAACCAUCAGAAAUUAUGUUCACUUUGCUUUGCAACAACACUGUGAUCAUGUAUCUCAUACUCUUCACUAUAUUCACUUUCUACUUUAUGAAUUUGUGUGUAUGUGUGUAUGUUCAUUAAAUUAUAUAUGGUAUUGCUACAA